AUGAUAAGCACAGAGAGUGUUUUGGAGAGUGGAGACCAGCCUUACAUCCCGCUGCAGCUCCUGAAUAACAAACACUUGCCGGGCAAGGCGACGCCGACUGCUGUCUUAAUGGACACCAGCAGCCCCGUAGUGACAGUCAACGGGGUGCACGACAUAGAGGACCGGAUUCUGAGGAUCACCGGCUACUACGGCUACAACCCGGGGUACUCCAGUCAUAGAAGAGAGGAUGGAUCAGAGUCUCAUGCAGAGACACCAGGCAGCGAGACCAGUGAAGAGAGCCGGGCCUACCAGACAUGCACCAACACAGCACUGAAGGUGCUGGGUGGUCUGCUGAUGGUGCUGUGUGUCUCCUCCUCCUGGGUUGGUACCACACAGGUGGUCAAGCUGACCUUCCAGUCGUUCUCUUGUCCUUUCUUCAUCUCCUGGUUCAGCAGCAACUGGAACAUCCUCUUCUUUCCCAUUUACUACUCGGGACAUGUGGUCACCACAAGGGAGAAACAGACGCCCAUCCAGAAAUUCAGGGAGUGUAGCAAGCUCUUUGGGGAGGACGGGAUGACGCUCAAGCUUUUUGUAAAGAGGACGGCACCCUUCUCAAUCCUGUGGACCCUGACAAGUUACCUGUACCUUUUGGCCCUGAAGAAGCUGACUGCCACUGAUGUCUCUGCCCUUUACUGCUGCCACAAGGCCUUUGUCUUUCUUUUGUCCUGGAUAGUCCUCAAGGAUCGGUUCAUGGGUGUUCGGAUUGUGGCAGCCAUAAUGGCCAUCACGGGUAUUGUCAUGAUGGCUUAUGCUGACGGUUUUCAUGGUGACUCCUUUGUGGGUGUAGCAUUGGCUGUGGGCUCAGCCUCAACAUCGGCUCUUUAUAAGGUGCUGUUCAAGAUGUUCUUGGGCAGCGCCAGCCUUGGAGAAGUGGCUCAUUUCCUUUCCACCAUGGGCUUCUUCAACCUCAUUUUCAUCUCAUGUGUGCCCCUCAUCCUCUACUUCACCAAGGUGGAGCACUGGGGCUCACUCUCCUCACUGCCCUGGGGAUACAUGUGUGGACUGGCAGGACUGUGGCUGGUGUUCAACAUCCUGGUUCAUGUUGGUGUGGUGCUGACUUACCCCAUUCUCAUCUCCAUAGGAACACUGCUCAGUGUGCCAGGCAAUGCAGCCGUAGAUGUUUUGAAACAUGAGGUGAUCUUCAGUGUGGUGCGUCUGGCAGCCACCUGCAUCAUCUGCUUGGGCUUCUUGCUCCUGUUGCUGCCAGAGGAGUGGGACUCAGUCACCCUGCGCUUUCUGGCCAACAUGGCAGACAAGAAGUCAGAGGAACAUGGCGAGGAACUCACAGAGUCCAGUGUCCACACCCGAAGCCGCAGUCGAGCCAACGGCACUGUCUCCAUUCCUUUGGCAUGA